UUGUUUUAGUAAAUAAAAGAAUGCUUGCACUAAAUUUAAAUAAAGUAAAUUAUUUGCAAGUUGGUUGCACCUCAAGCAAAUCAAUGGUAGUUAUUCCUUCUAGCAAGGGUCAACAAAAAAUUGCUGUUGGUGAUUUUGAUGGAGUUAUAACAUGCUUUGGAAUAAAGAAGCAUCUUCCACAGAUCCAAUUUAAAACAUUACCAAGUACUAAAAUAAAUCGACUAAUAUUAGGGGCCAAAGAAAGUACUGGGAAAGAUAAAAUUUAUAUAGCGUGUGGCACAAAAAUAAAAGGUUUUACCAAGAAAGGAAAGCAAUUUGUUGACUUUGAUAGCAACCUCUCUGAACCUGUUCAAAGCAUGUUUGUUGAUGGAGUUGACUUGUUUUUAUGUAGCUCAUAUAUUUAUAAUCAUUAUCAUGAAAACUCAGAUCAAAAUUAUUAUCUUGCCUCUGAUAAAAUAAAUGAUAUUGUUGUAUUGACAAUGCCAGAUGGUAUGCCCUGCCUACCUGUACUUGCAUGUCAAGAUAGGUCGCUAUGUGUAAUUAAUAAAUCUGAAAAGUUGUUUGAUAUUCAAGUUCCUGGUUCCCCAAUUACGUUAUCCAUUGGACAUAAUUUAGGUGGAAACCAGGCCAAAAGUGUUGUUUAUGGUACUUCAGAUGGCAAAGUAGGUUUAAUAAAUAUUGAUUCAAAAGGUUAUGAGUUUGUUUGGGAAAUUCAAAAUGAAAAAAAUUAUGGUGAUGUUUUAUGUAUAAAUACAUACGAUGUUUCAAACAAUGGUACGCAGGAUGUUAUUAUUGGGCGUGCAGAUGGUGUUGUAGAAAUAUAUGCUUUUGAUGAAGGUGCUGAACCAUUUCAGCAUUGUGUUUGCAAUCUUUCAGAAAGUAUUACAUCAGUUUCUGGUGGUUGUGUUUGUGCAGCUAAUUAUCAAGAAGUUGUUGUUUCAACAUACACAGGUUGGAUAUAUGGAUUAACAACAGAACCGCAGCAGCGACAACUUGGUAUGCCAGGAAGCUCUACAAAAGCGGCAGUAAAUACAGAACUUGAUCUAAAGAUAGCUGAACUUGCUAAAGAGAUUGAACAAUUGCAGCAGACAGUAGUUAUAGAGAGAGAAAAGUAUCAGGAAUCAGCAAAAUCUGUUACAGCUACUUCAACUAUUCCUGCAUUUAAUAUUAAUGAUCGUUUCAUACUUAAUCAUGAUGAUGCAAGUUAUAACCUAAGUAUUGAGGUACAGAUGCCCAUUGAUAUUAUUUUAUUGCAAAGUAAUGUUCCUGUCGAUUUACUUGAUGUUGAAAAAAAUUCGGCUGUUGUCAGUUACAGCUCAUGUGCUCCUGAAAGUGGAAACUUUUUAUUAGCAACAUAUCGAUGUCAAGCAAAUACAACUAGAAUUGAGUUAAAGAUAAGAACGAUUGAAGGGCAGUAUGGACUUCUUCAAGCUUAUGUAACACCACGAAUGCAACCCAAAACAUCACAAGUUCGCCAAUACCAGAUCAAACCUUUAUCUCUACAUCAGCGAUCUCAUGUUUUCGAUGAAGAAAGGCCUUUUAAUGUUCUUAAACUUACUGGUAAUUUUAGUCUUGCUGAAGUGCAUUCUUGGAUUUUUUAUACAUUACCAGAGGUUCCAGAGCGAACACCAGCUGAAGAUGAGGUUACUUUCUACUUUGUAUCAACAUUUUUGGAUACUCAACUGGAAUGUAAAUAUAAAAAAGGUCAAGCUGUAUUUCGUUCUGACAAUGUUUCUACGAUAUCAAUCUUAAAAGAUGUUUUAACAAAAGAAGCAACUAACCGAAAAAUUAAUUUACAAAUCAUAUGUGAUCUCAAUGAAGAGUCUAUAACAAAUGUCCUUUGUCGGUUGCAUCCAAAACUUGAGCAUCAACUUUUGUUGGCUAAGCAAGUCCAAUUAAUUGAUGGACUUAAAGAGUUGCAAACAAAUGAAAGUGACACAUCAUUUAUGAGCAAUGAAUAUAAUGAAAUUCUUAACAAUGCUGAUAUGCUUUUGGAAGAAUUCAAAAAACAACCUUGUCAUCUUGAGAGACUUUAUGGUAUGAUCACUGAUUUAUACAUAGAUCGUCACAAAUUUAAAGGGGUCAAUGUAAAAAAUAAAGUUGCUCAGCUGAUUGAAGUACUAGAUUCCUAUGAUUUGGACACCUUGAUUCAGUUUUUUCAACAGAGUUAAUUUUAAUUAUUUUAUUUUAUAUUGCAUAUUUAUAAGGGU